AUGGAGUUCAUGGAGCCCAAGGACAUCGACUGGAGCAGGGUGGUGUCCCGGUACGUGCGCGACGAGACCUACGAGGGCAUCGAGGCCCCGCACUGGGCCGACCUCACCGACCCCAACGCCGGCCGCGCCGACGUCGACGACGAGGCCUGGUUCUGCCGCCCCGAUUGCCGGCAUCCGAAGACGGCCGAGGAUUUCCUCAAGCUGAGCCCCAGCCCCAAGGGCAAGCUGCUGCGAUCGGUUUCGGCCAUGCUGCCGUUCGCCGAAAGGGACGCCAACGCCACCAGCCUCAGGGACGGCAGUAGCAAUCUCAAGUGGCGGGGCGGCGGCGCCGUUGCCUCCUCCACGCCGCCGAAGCCAAAGGCAGCGCCCAAGAAGAGGUUCCAGGAGGACAGCGAGAACCAGGACCCUGCGCUGGCCACGCCGCCCCCACGACAGGCGCCAAGUAGUAGGCCGCCGUUCGGUGCCCCUCGGUGGAACAAGAAUGCCAAGGAGGCCAUCAAGUCCAGUGCGGAGAAGCGGCCGGACAAUUCUGAGAAGGAGGCGCUGCUCAACAAGUACGCCCCGCCGAGGCAGCUCAAGAGCACCCUCUCAGCGAGGAAUCUCUUCUCUGGAAAGGAUAUACUUGGCCAGAUUUCGGAGUUCUACGAUGAGCUGAAGCGGAUGGUUGGAGGCGGCCGGCCUGUCACAGACACACAGGAGGAAUACAGCUCAAACCCAAUGAAUCCGAGCGAUUUGAUGGAGAAGGUAUCUCCUGAUGCCAGCGUCAGCAAUCCAGUUCCCGCAGAUACCGUGAAGGAGGUGGCGAGACAAGAAACAGUGAAAAAGAGUCGAAGCCCAAUGAAGGGAAAGAAAGUGGGGCUGAAGGUGGAAGCAGGGAAGCAAAGGUCUCCCUCUGUGCUGAAGGAAGUGAAGGCAACACCGCCCACUCCGCAACGGUUUCCAUCCCCAUCGCCAAACCGCAUUAAGAAUGUUAAACCUGGAGGGGUGGCCACAGCAGGAUCGCCACUCAAGAAGCCACUCAAGAAGCCACUCAAGGAGAAGGGGACCCCUAGUAAGGAUCUGGAGAGCAAAAAAGAUGCUGUGAGGCAACCCUUUGGGGUUAAGGAUAUGAACAAUACAAGUGCAUGUGAUGCAGAAGGGAGCUCCAGCAGCAUGUUUUGGUUCUUGAAGCCCUGCACUUUCCUUGUGGAGUAG